AUGUAUCUUAAACGCUGGAACCAGAUUCGUUCCUGCAUUCAACAGCUGACCAACAAUCUCCGGAAAUAUAGCAUCUAUCUCAAGAACCAGCAAGAGAAAACAUCAGCAAGUGCCAAAAAGCUUACUUUUGUCCAGUCAGAGAGAGAACUUUGGGAAACAAUUAAUCCAAAAGCCCUUUCAGAUAAAGAAAAAGACUUGUUUGGAUCUCUUCAGAAAGCUUUUCUUGAAGCUGAUUAUUUUCAAGUUCUUUGCUUGAAUGAUUUUGAUCCAACUAUUCCAUGGCAGAAAUACAACUUUAUGAAGAAUCUUGCUCUCUCGUGCAAAGCCAUUAAAUAUACCUACAGCAGUGGUAUGGCAAAUCUGAGCUUCAUUUGGAAGGUUCCAAGCAGUUGCAAUGAAGCCACUCUUCUUUCAAGGAAUAUCAAAAUAAGAGAAAGUUUAUCCCCAGAUCUACCAAAGCACCACAGUCGCGCAAUGAAAAGAGAAUUCAUUCAGUCUUUUGGAACAGUCACUAACUGUAAACCAGCAUUCUUGAGAAAGGCCUAUCAAGUGCUAACUGGUGACUCCUCCUCAGCACGUACACUAGCUGAAAAGGAAGUAGAUGAAAGAGUAGCAGAAAUAUUGGAGAUGCAAGAUCGAGAGUUAAUUUGUGACCUUAGGGUUAACAAUGAGGGAAGACCUGAAAUGUACGAGGCUUUUCUAGGAGAGUGCAAGAAGUUUAUCAAUACUGCGGUAGAAACUGCAGUAGAUGAUCGACGACAUGACGACAUAGAGAAUGGAGAAUCUGUUGUGCAUCUUGCAACAGCACUCAGUGUUCCUGACCUACAUGCCCAAGUUAAAGAGAUAUGUCCGGAGGGCAUACCCAUACCCUCUAUUCAAUGGUUAAGGCUUCAAUUCUGGCCAAGACGAAAGAAUUCUGCAGCUGCGAAGCGAUAUUAUGGAUCACUGAAGAUCAAGUACAUGAUACAAGCAAGGCAGUUUCGACACCAACAUACUGAUGCUCAUUAUGCUCGGCUCUUUUUAGAUAUCUGAAGGAGUUCUCACUAAAAUAUCGUCAGGACACAUCUUUUGUGAGUAUGGACGAUAAACACUCGAUGAAAGUUGGAGAGCCUGGAUAUCCAGUGGCUGCAGUGGAAAGAGGAAAAGAGGCUCUGGUUGCUAUGGGGACCCGAUUUGAAGUUGGUGACCAUGAUUUCACUAUACUCAGCAUCAUUCCAAGUGUGAUUUUUGAAGCUUGA